GACUCCCAAAGUAAGUCCUUAAAAUUAUUAUAUAAAACACUUAAAAAAGCUAUCAAAUUUUUUGAAAUUUUCGGGUUAACACAAUAGAGCACUAUCAGCAAUACAUUUGGGGAUUUAUUCAAAAUUACAACAUUUAGGGCUGGUAGAGAGGUGAACGGUGGCUGUAGGUGAACGGCAGUGACGGUGGUCAACGGUGUCGACGGCAGGUGGGUUCUCGGCUUCAGCAGUCUCGCCGGCGGCGUGCUUCUUGGCGUGGGGUGCUGGUUGCUCACGGUUCCGUCUCUCGGCGUGCUUCGGUGAUUUCCAGAUUAUCCUCUCUCAGGAGAAAAAUAUACGGAAACUUAACGAGCUUGUACAAAGUCUACGGGAACAAUUGCUUCAGUGCAGGGGUGGAAAUGAGGUUGACAAUGGCACCACAGCUCCCCUGACAGAACUUCUAACUGAGCUUGAGAGGCAGCCUGUCCUGGAGGACUAGUCCUGGCUUGUACGUGUUAGUUGUCAACUUACCUAAACUUAACUACUCUUCAAUUGUCUCUCUUCAUCCAGAAAUAAUUGAUGGAAGACCAGGGACUUUGGUGAUAGAAUCAUUUAUGGUAGAUGUUCCUGAAGGUAACACGGAAGAUGAAACUUGCUACUUUGUUGAAGCCUUGAUUAAGUGCAAUCUCAAAUCACUUGCUGAUGUCUCAGAGCAGUGUGCAGUCCAAAGUAAUAGCUAUUGAUACAAGUGUGACUUGUAAAAGAAUAUACAAGUUAAUAUUUUGAUUGGUUUUAAAGCAUUGGAUUGGUAGCUAAUUGCAAGAGGUAUGUUGCAUUUGAUUUAGUUUUUAAAAAAUUCAAUAUUUUACAAUUUUGAAUGAUAACUGUACUACUUUAGUGGAGUUUGAAUAUCUUAGAUAUUCAUCCGUAGUGAAGUAGGUUCUGGGAAUUCUGUGUGCUGUGGUGAUAACGGAAGAUUGAGAACUUGCAUGUCUUAGUGAAGUAGGUUCUGAGAAUUUUGUGUGCUGCGAUGAUAUAUGGAUGAAAACUUGUGUGCUGUUUGAUUUGUUUGAUAUAUUGGUGUUGAUUGGGACAGAUGGCUAGGCUAGUAAAUUAGGGGAUAUGCUGCCCGAUUUUCUAUAGAUUUUUUUAUACUUAGUUUUGUUUUGUAUGUUUAUUUUAUUUUAUUUUCUUAAUUUUAAUUUUUUAUUAAAACAAAUAGGCGCAAUAUGGACAAAGAAUGGAUGUCAGCUGAUAGGAUGUCAGUAGAAUAUAUAAAAGGGGUCGAUGAGUUUCUUAAAUUUAGUUUGGAUCAUGCCAAAGAUCCAAACUAUAUUUGUUGUCCUUGUAGUAAGUGUGGAAAUAUGAAAAAGAUGACUGCCACAAUAAUAAAAGAGCACUUAUAUUUCCACGGGAUAGACAAAAGUUAUAAAAUAUGGUAUUGGCAUGGUGAAGAGCUUCAUGUUACUCCGGACCCUCCUAUGAUGAAUGAAUAUCGGAAUUAUAGGCAAUUGGAUCGUGAGGAUAAUUUAGAUGAAAUGAUUGACGAUGCAUAUUAUGAAUCAGAAGUAGAUCCCGUUAAGUUUGAAAAUCUUCUUAAUGACGCUGAAAAGCCGAUUUACUCUGGUUGCACUAAAUUUUCAAAGUUGUCAGCCCUUCUUAGAUUGUACAAUAUAAAAGCCAAAAAUGGAUGGAGUGAUAAGAGUUUCACGGAAUUGUUAGUUUUUUUGAAAGAUUUACUGCCUGAAGAAAACGAGGUGCCCGUAUCAUUUUACGAGGCUAAGAAAACUAUGUGCUCAAUAGGCUUGCAAUAUGAAAAAAUACAUGCUUGUCCUAAUGAUUGCAUAUUAUAUCGGAAUAGCCUUGUAGAUGCGAAUUCGUGUCCUACUUGUGGUGUGUCCAGAUGGCAAAAGAAAAGGAAUUUAGAGGAAGUUAAGGAAGGAGUACCAGCAAAAGUUUUGUGGUAUAUUCCUCCAAUUCCUCGUUUGAUUCGAUUUUAUCGAAAUGUUGAUCAUGCUAAGAAUUUGACUUGGCAUGCGAAUGAGAGAAUAAAGGACGGUAGACUUAGACAUCCUGCUGACUCACCAGCGUGGAAGACAGUGGAUUUUGAAUGGCCUUCAUUUGCCAAUGAACCUAGAAAUAUUCGUCUAGCUCUUUCUACGGAUGGAAUUAAUCCUCAUACUUCUCUCAGUAGUAAGUAUAGUUGUUGGCCUGUUAUGCUAGUCAUAUAUAAUUUACCGCCAUGGCUUUGUAUGAAAAGGAAGUUUACCUUACUGACCUUGCUGAUAUCUGGACCUAAACAACCUGGUAACGAUAUUGACGUCUACUUAGCUCCCCUAAUUGAUGACUUGAAAACUUUAUGGAAUGAAGGAGUUAGGGCUUAUGAUGCAUACCGAAAAGAAGAAUUUACCCUUCGAGCGGUGUUGUUAUGGACAAUCAACGACUUCCCCGCUUAUGGAAAUUUAUCUGGUUACAGUGUAAAAGGAUACAAAGCUUGUCCUAUUUGUGAGGAGAAGACUUUCUCUCAAUAUUUGAAACAUUCUCGCAAGGUGUGCUAUAUGGGACAUAGAAAAUUCUUGCCCCGGAGACAUUAUUUUAGAACUUGGAAAAAUGCAUUCAAUGGUGAACAAGAGUUUGGUUUGGCUCCAGUUCCUUUGACUGGGAAUCAAGUACUUAAUAAGGUAUCUGUAAUUCAUUUUAAGGUAGGAAAACCUAUUGUUUGUCCAAUUAAGAAGAAGAAGGGUCGUGGAAAGAGUGUUGGCAAGGAUAAGACUGAAGUUAGUUUGACUAGUGCGGAUGAGUCUACAAGUCCUUGGAAGAAAAAAUCAAUUUUCUUUGAGCUUGAAUAUUGGGAAAAGUUACUUUUGCGACAUAAUUUAGAUGUCAUGCACAUUGAGAAAAAUGUGUGUGAUAGUCUAAUAGGAACUUUGUUAAAUAUUCCAAGUAAAAGUAAGGACGGUAUUAAAGCUCGGAAAGACUUGGCUGCAUUGGGCUUGCGAAAAAACCUACAUCCAAAAGCUGGCCCUAAUAGAACAUUUUUACCGGCAGCUUGUUACACACUCACUAAGGAUGAGAAAAAAGAACUUUGCAAUUGUCUAUACAAUAUUAAAGUUCCAGAAGGGUAUUCUUCAAACAUAAGAACGUUGGUGGAUAUGAAGAAUUUGAAUUUGGUCGGCAUGAAAUCUCAUGAUUGUCAUGUCCUAUUCCAACACAUUCUACCUGUGGCUAUUCGUGGUGUGCUACCUAGAAAGGUUCGAGAAAUAAUCACACGAAUGUGUUUGUUUUUCAAGUAUUUAUGUUGUAAGACGAUUGACGUUUCAACGUUAGACAAUUUACAAGUGGAGAUUGCUAUAAUCUUGUGUUACUUAGAGCGAUUCUUCCCACCUUCUUUUUUUGACAUAAUGGUGCAUCUUACAGUCCAUUUGGUUAGAGAGAUUAAACUAUGCGGACCUGUUUAUUUAAGAUGGAUGUAUCCCUUUGAGCGAUACAUGAAGAUUCUUAAGAGUUAUGUUAGAAAUAGAAGUAGACCCGAAGGAUGUAUUGUUGAAUGCUAUAUUGCAGAAGAAGCCAUUGAAUUUUGUUCAGAAUACUUGCAUGGUGUGACAAGCGUGGGCGAUCAAUCUACAUUAAAUAAAAGUAAUGGUGGUUAUGGUGGAAAAGGUGGUGUUAUAUGCUCAAUAACUCAAGAUGAAAGACAUGAAGCACACUGUCUUGUAUUGCAAAAUAUUGAUGAGAUUCAACCUUACAUCGAGAAUCAUUUUGUUUGGCUUCGGAAAAAAUAUCCAUCUAAGUCAAAGAACCAAAAAUGGAUCCAAGAUGAACACUAUCGUACGUUUAGUACUUGGUUAGAGAACAAGGUUGCAAUUGAAGUGACCCACACGUCGUGUCAUGUGUCAGACAUAGUUAAGUGGAUUUCUCGUGGUCCUUCUCUGAAUGUGUUUAAGUACCCAUCAUACAUCGUCAACGGUACUCAAUUCAAUACUUUGGAACGAGAUAAUGUAAGAACCACACAGAAUAGUGGAGUUUGUAUUGUAGCAAAAACUGUGCAAAUCUCUAGUUCAAAGGACAAAAAUCCUGUAGAGUGUGAUAUGACAUUUUAUGGAGUAAUCCAAGAAAUUUGGGAAUUAGAUUAUACUACAACUAGAGUGCCGGUCUUCUUAUGUGAUUGGGUGAAAAGUGACAAGGGAAUAAAGGUUGAUGAUUUAGGUUUUACUUCAGUUGAUUUAAAUCGAAUUGGGCACAAAAAUGAUCGUUUCAUAAUGGCAACACAAGCCAAACUAGUUUUUUAUGUGAAUGAUCCAUCAGACAAGCAAUGGUCAGUCGUGGUUCCUACUCAACCGAUAGAUUGGAGAGACAAAGAGAAUGAUGUACAUGACUUACCACUCCUUCAACAACCUGUCACAAUUCCCGAACCACAGCUUACCGAAUACCCUAUUGAUGAUGGUGUAGAUGACGAUGAUAUUUGUUUGCGUUUUGAUGGUGACGAUGUAUGGGUUGAUCAUAUACUGUGA